AUGAUGCCAGAAAAUCCCCACCCAGAAGAAUACAAGAUUGCAUCACUGGUGUUCUACAGCUUUGUGCUCACAGUGGGAUUGUUGGUGAAUGCCACUGCACUAUGGGUGUUCAGCUGCACUACCAAGAAGAGAACAACUAUAACUGUAUAUAUGAUGAAUGUCGCAUUACUUGACCUAGUUUUUAUAUUUUCCUUGCCUUUUCGGAUAAUCUACCAUGGGACAGAAACGUGGCCUUUUGGAGAUACAUUCUGCCGAAUCCUUGGGGCUUCCACUGUGUUUUAUCCAGCCAUUGCUCUGUGGCUGCUUGCUUUUAUCAGCGUAGAUAGAUUUAUGGCUAUUGUCCAGCCCAAACAUGUCAAAGAGCUAAAAAAUACAAAAAAAGCUGUGCUGGCUUGCAGUGGAAUCUGGAUAAUGACCCUCUCAACAACAUCCCCAUUGGUGUUUUUACAAUCUGAUCCAGACCAAGCCUCAAAUUUCACCACCUGCAUGAAAAUGCUUGAUAUCAUCCAUUUAAAGGAAGUAAAUACCUUGAAUUUUUGUCGCUUAAUUUUUUUCUUUUUGAUCCCCUUGUUUAUCAUGAUGGGGUGUUACCUAGUCAUUAUUUAUAAUUUUAUUCACGGCAAGACUUCCAAACUGAAGCCAAAGGCCAAGGAGAGAUCCAUAAGAAUUAUAGUCACCCUGAUUGCUCAGGUACUCAUCUGCUUUGUACCCUUCCACAUUUGCUUUGCCUUCCUGAUGCUGCAAGAUGAAAAUACAAAUUACAAUCCCUGGGCAGCCUUUACUACCUUUCUCAUGAAUCUCAGUACAUGCUUGGAUGUUAUACUGUACUACAUUGUUUCCAAACAAUUCCAGGCAAGAGUCAUCAGUGUAAUCCUUUAUCGUAAUUACCUUCGAAGCGUGCGCAGGAAAAGUUUUCGAACUGGAAGUGUAAGAUCACUCAAUAAUAUGAACAGUGAAAUGUUAUAA